AUGGAAUCCCAAUCAUAUGACUAUUGGAUUUCCCAAGGCGCGUAUACAGCUGGUUCGACACCUGUGAACAGUCCUCAGGAUUAUGUUUCAUAUGCCCCACGCAUGUCCUACCCAGCUUCAUUUGACCCUGCUCUACCCAUGUACACAGUGCCUCCUUUCGGCCCUGUUGUCGACGAGCUAGCCAGUUUCAAUUACGGCGUCGGCGUGACACCCAGCGAAAUGAGCUCGGCAGAUGAGAGUUCCUACCAAUGCAGUCCAAGGAUGCCUAUCAUCGAGUCAGCUUAUAGUCCCCAAACCGGAAAGUCUCAUGCGACAAGCGGACGACGACGAGCUCAAAAUCGUGCUGCACAGCGUGCCUUCCGCGAGCGAAAAGAAAAGCAUGCUCGCGACCUCGAAGGUCAACUGGCCGCCCUGACAGAGCAAUACAAUACGCUAGAGUCAGACCACGCUGAAUUAAGCGCUGCGUACGAGAAGCUUCGCCGGACUAUUGAAGUGCUCACCAAGGACGACACAGAAGAUCACCCGCCGAGUAAUGCCGAUCGACUAAGAAGGUUACUCGGUAUUUUGCACGGGGAAGUGAAGAAGUCUAGUGCAACGGGAGCUGCGAAGCAGCAGUCCGAGUGAGCGAAAUUGACUGACUGUUGACGGUGGUCUGUUGAAUGGCGCUCAGUGAACGACUUGACGUAAUUGCAUUGGUGGUGUUGACGGGAGGACUGGUCAAUCCCAUAGUCGGAUUCAACAAAAAGGCGGCGUUCUCUGCGAUGAUAGGAUCUCUGGGGGUGUUUUGAUAACUCUUGCUAUGUAUCCUCAUUUGUUUCUGUUGCUGACUGCAAUGUUGAGCCUGUGAUGGAAAUUUCCAGAUGAUGCGGAUGCCUAGUUAGCCAUUUUGUACAGUCGUUUUGGGUUGGGACAAUUGGUGAGCAAUCAGCCAUGAGAGCUUCAGGUUCUGCCCCUAGUGGCACUAGUGUGGCUAGUACCGGAUAAUGAUCAGAUAGAUUCAAAAUUCGUUUAUGCACGCCAAC